AUGCAUCCCGUGCGUUACCCUCCAGUCGAAGACAUUCCUUACAAGCCUGCUGUUCAUAAGCUCUGGGAGAAUGCGAUCUUCGAGAACAGCAUCGGCGAGGGCGUUCGCGCUGUACGCGUCAAUCUCGUGACUUAUGGUGAUGAUACGCCUAUCGAUGAGCUCAAGAGUCAGAUCAGCAAAUACGUCGAGCUUAUCAAGCCUUUCGACUGGGUUCUCCAGCUGUACACCAAGAUGGAGCGCAUCGUAGAACUGGAAGAUUUCUUGCCCACUCUCGACGUGCGCGUUGUUUUGAUCACCAUGGUGAUCCAAGUCUUCCAAAGACAACGGGUCCUGUGA